AUGCCUUGCGUUCCUACCGUAGUCACAUUCCUGCUUGCCCUCGGCACGAGCAUCGACCUCACGUCCGCCGCGCACGCCGGCUUCCACGUCCAGUACCCAUGGUCGUCCCGCGGUUCGAACCUCUGGACCCGCCCAGACUUGGAUGACUUCAAUCCGUUUUGCCGGGAGAUUGUGCACAACCCCCAAGCGUACGCCCGCGUAUCCCGCACAUUCCUCUCCUUCUCUGGACACCCUGGGGACCUUGUGACAGCUCUCUACACCCGGAACAGGGUGCCAAAGAAGAGGGACGACUUCCCUCAUGUCAUCCUUCAGGAUGUGCCCAUACAGCCUUCGGGACAGCUGUGUCUCAACGUCACGAUACCGUUUCAGACCAAGGUCGACGAGAUGGGAGUCAUGUACUUUGAGGCCAAGGAUCCGGCGACGGGAAAAGUGGAAUACCAUUGCACUGACGUCAGGAUGACUGACACAGAGGCUCUUCCUGAGGAGCAUCCGGCCAUGUGUGCGGCUUUCAAUGAGACGCUUAUUCCAAUGCCGGAUGAGUACCUGUAG